CUUUAAUGGGAGAAAUUUUCCCGCAAUCUCAAUUUUAGUCAAUUCAUGCCCCCUCACAGUUCUUUUACCGUUUGAUUCAUCAAUAAAGGGUUACACUAUCUGCACUCUUGAGUAAUACCUGCCCCCGGUACCGCUAUAAAAUAGAGCUGGCAGAAUAGUAAAAGAAAUGGGCAACGGACGCCGAUGAUAGAUGACAGCCUGUCAUCGAACCUCUUUCACACGGAUCAUCAGAAGAACGUGUCGACAUCAUACGAAUAAACUGACUCCAUGUUCCAUACAGACUUAUGUCCCGAGUUAAGAAGUUAACAUACAAAGCAAUGGAGAUCUACAAUAAAACUGUUACUGACUUUAAUAACAAGCUUCAGCCUCUGUGUGAUCAAGUGAUUCAAUUCACCAAGUAUAAUAUUUCAAGUUACAAUCGCAGUGAGCUACACACUCUCAGAGGGAAUAUAGAACAAACAUUAAGUCAACUCAAAACCAUUGAUAAAGAAUUUCAAGACUACUCGAGAAGAACUAACACUGAACAAAGCAAUCUCGAGUUAUCAAACUUGGAAAAAACUGUCUAUGAAGUGUAUAAUCAAGUUGAUCGUUUCUUAUGCCAGAUAAACACUAAGUUGGACACUAUGAAUGAAACUUCAUCUAUCAAAAGUGGUUCGUCGAGCAGAUCAAGGGUCGUUUCACGUAAACUGGCAAAGGCUGAGGCCGCAAAGGCAAAGGUCGUCUAUGCCCAACGCCAAGCUGAGCUCAUGAAACAAGAAGCUCAUAUUAAAGCAGAACUUUUUGUGCUAAAAGAAGAAAAAGAGGCAGCGGCCGCCCUCGCUGAAGCGGAAGUGCUAGAGAGAGAAGCUUCAGGAACGCACUCAGUAACAUUACAACAGCUCCCGUUUAAGGCGACUGAUAAAACUGAUCGUGUUUUACAGUUUGUCGAACAAACUUCACGGAUGCAGCCAGAUAUUGAGCUUCCGCGACGUACGGAACCACAGUUUGAACCGCCAUUGUUUCAGCCUGGUCAGCUCACUUCGUCGUUUUAUGAACCUUUACCACCAUUUAACACUCAACCGUCUGUCCAUACAGAUAAAUGUGACCAUGGUCAAUUGAGCAAAUUCAUGUUGAAAAAGGACCUUUUGUUAAGCCGCUUAUACAAAUAUGACGAUCGACCAGAAACAUUUCCAAUAUGGAAACAGAGCUUCCAGACGGUUCUUACAGAACUGGAUGUUACACCGGUGGAAGAGUUAGAUCUGUUGUUAAAAUGGCUCGGAACGAAAUCCAGACAGUACGCAGUCACCAUUCGCGCGGCUAACAUUCACGACCUCCCUCAAGGGGUAAAGAGAAUAUGGGGAAGGUUAGAAGAGCGUUAUGGCACUCCGGAGCAGAUUGAAAGCACUUUGUCUAAGAAAUUAUCACAAUUCCCAAAUCUGACGAACAAAGAUAAAAAGAAACUGUAUGAACUUGCCGAUAUAGCAGCAGAAAUUGAGUCCCUGAAAGAGAAUCCUAGAUACUCGGCGUUACUGGCAGUAUACGAUUCAUCGUCGGGAGUGAAUAAGAUCGUUAUGAAGUUGCCACAUAGUUUGAGAGAGAAGUGGGUUACUCGCGCCGCGAAGUAUAAAGCCCAACACGAAGCCGUGUUCCCUCCAUUCAAAGAGCUUGUGAAGUUCCUCAAUGAAAUAGCCCGUAUCAAGAAUAACCCUGGUUUAAUGUUUGAUCAUAUUGAAGCAACGCAUAAAACGUUGCAACAGAAAGUAUUUUCGAGAAAAACAGAGGUCAACGAUCGUGUGCAGUCAACGCAUGGACAGAUUGAAGAACGCCCUCAAGAAAAGUGUCCAAUACACAAGACUAAACAUAGUUUGAGAGUAUGUAAUGCUUUCAAAGCAAUGAACCAAGAGAAUAAGAAACAGUUAUUAAAAGAGAACCAGUUAUGUUUCAGAUGCCUGUCUCCUUCCCAUAUGUACAAAAACUGUAACUCAAACGUGAAAUGUGAAGAAUGUGGAAGCGAUAGGCACUGUAUGGUGAUGCACUUCACUUACAAGCCUAGAGAAAGUCAUGGCGGGGAGGAAACUAAGAAACAUGUAGUUGCAAGCAAGUCCACUCGUGUCUGCGAGAAUGCAGAAUUCAAGGGGAAGUCAUGCGCGAAAUUGGUUCUCGUUAACGUUUACAAAAAGAAUCGGCCUCAAAAUCAAAUUAAAGUUUAUGCCAUGAUCGAUGUUCAGAGCAACAGGUCUCUAGCAGGACCAGAGCUGUUUGAUUUGCUAGACCUAAAUGCAACGAUGACUGAAUAUACCCUUGGAUCUUGUUCCGCCUAACAGUCGUUAAU